AUGGAUAACCCAUCUCGUUUUAAUACAUUUGCGCACACGUUCAAAUAUCGAUCACCUCUAUGGAUAGAAUCGGACUCAGACUUGAGCCGAAGUAGUGAAAAUAGAAGUAACAGCGACGACAGCGUUCGUAGUGACAGCUCUGGAAGUAUCAACAAUUACUUGGAUUCUAAGAUCCCCGAGCACCAUCAGAGUACAGCAUCCGGCUUUAGCGAUGGUGACAACACGCAGGAUGAUAAUAACGCUCUCUCGGACGAAGAACGAGCCAAAACCCCUCUCAGGUCCCCGCGUCGUAAGCUACCACGACGGUCGCGGUCUGAAUUUAGUAUGGAUGACGAGGACUACUCUCCAAGCAACUCUGUUACCUCAGUCAAUUCACUCGCCAGCUUACUAAAGGAGAAACUACAGAGUAUCCCCCAAAAGAUGCGAAAGAAGCCCACCGACUACAAGUUGCGCGCCUUCGUUCUCCUAAUGUUUCUAGCGGUUGCAUUCUUCAUCGGUUUCGCGUAUACGCUGUAUCGACAGAAGGCGCUAACCAAGGCAUACUUUGAGAGUGUACAGUUCAACGAGGGAAAACGAUUAAUCAGAAUAUUUAAUAGAGAUGACAUCGAGAUCUUGAGAGCAAGCUUAGCUAUAGGAGUGCAGAACAAAAAGAAGUCAUUCCCCUGUCUUCCAGAGCACCGACGACCGGACGGAUCUAUUUGUUUAGAGUGGCAAGAAGACCUUCGCUUCUAUCUUAAGUGUCUUCCACACGAUCCCGGAGUCGAUAACACCACAUGCUAUUCCGUACAUUGGAAGGCGCUUCGCAAUGAUCUCGCGCCAAUGGACUGCUUUGAUUGGAGUGAAACCAAAGUUCAUUGGUACGGCGGAGGACAAUCCGCUAACCUCACAUGGCCGUUGGACUCUGGGUCUAUCGACUUCACACCUUUUAUCACUGGGGACAUGCAAAAAAAUCAGUUUGGCAACGUCCUUACUCGUUACCUUAUAAAUUCAAAAGGAGCGGCUAUCAUUAUUGAUGAAGAAACACCACUUUACCUCGCAGUUAACGAUAGAAAAAAACAAAUUUGCAUCAAGGCUCAGUUCGAUGACUUCGCUUUUGCUAAUCAACUUACAGAGUUUCCAGAACUAAAAUAUAACAUAUGUACAUCGCUGGACAUGAAAUCGUUACAUUCGUCCAUCCACAGCCAUAGCAGAGCACCUUUAUGGGACGGCUUGAAACCAGCUGAUAUGCAGACAUUGGAAUCCCUUAUUUCUGAACCCGUCUGGCAAAUUGCACCUCGGUUCAAACAUGAGCUACAAGCUGAAACGAUCUCAAAAUAUACGGAAGAUGUAAUAGAUCUUGGAUUUUUAAAACAAGGCCACGUGCUAAUUAACGAGUUUUGGCAAAAUGAAAUUGGCGACUUUACCGUUGACACGAGUCGAUUUAAAACUUUGAAUACGACAGUAGACAAAUUACAUCGACGGGGCUUUAAGGUAGCAUUUACAAUACAACCAUUUAUUAGUACUGAAAGCGGAAACUUUGCUGAAACUGUGCAGAAAAGGCUGCUAAUAACGGAGAGAAAUGGCGAUAGAAAAAUACCAGCCCUGACGCGUUUUAAGUCGGUAGACAGCGCUGGGGUCUUAGAUGCAACAGACCAGAGAGCCCAUGCAUGGAUAUAUGACAAACUUCAGAUUGUUAUGGAUGAAUAUCAUAUAGACUCCUUUUUUUUCGAUUUGGGGACUGCAUAUGAUAUGCCUCACUACUACAGGUGUGAAAAAAGGCUAAUUAACCCGGACCAAUAUAAAACAGCAUUUGUAAAAGCUUUUGAAAAGAGUCUUAACAUAAUUGGCGUGUCAUCUGCGGUUAGUCUGCCAAGACCUCCCAUGUUUGUCUCACUGCCACCGUUUGAAUCUAGUUGGGAGGCUCUAAGGUCUGUUAUACCGACGAUGUUAACCUAUGGCGUGAACGGGUAUCCGUUUAUUAUGCCAGGAGCAGUGGGAGGAGACAUCUACUGGCCUGGAAGCGAGCAAUUUUUACCUUCAGCUAAGGGGUCUUUGGACUCAAAUGCAACAAAUGCCACCCAAGAAAACGGUAUCGAUUUGCCAGAAAAGGAAUUAUAUAUAAGAUGGCUGCAGAUGGCGACGUUCCUGCCUGUGAUGAAGUUCACUCAUCUGCCCAGUAAAUACAACGAUGAGCGAGUGUUAGAGAUGGCCAAGAAUUUGACUAUUUUAAGACAGAAACUUAUAACACCCCUAUUACUAAAGUACAAGCGAGAGGCCCUUGAAGAAGGACUCCCCCUAGUUCGGCCUCUAUGGCUUGGGGCGGGUGGAGAGGCAUCUCUACUAGUCAGGGACGAGUUUACUAUUGGAGAUGAGAUUGUCGUAGCUCCCGUGCUAUACCCUAAUCAGACUACUAGAGAAGUGUACCUCCCAGCGGGGCUAUGGCAGGAUGGCAUCGACGGUUCCUUGCGAAAGGGAAACAGAUGGAUGCACGAGUAUAGGGUACCCAUACAUAGAGUGGCUUACUUUAUAAGGAAACCUGACGAUAUGAGAUUUUAA